AUGAAACGUAACCAGGAUAAUUCAUCAGCAGCCGUCCAUCAAUCAACACUAAAACAAAGUUUAGAAAAUCAAUGUCAGCCGAAUGAAUUAAGGCCAUUUUUUUUCUGCCUGUGUAAUCCGUCUAAUAGAAUCGAUAUUUCCAAUAGUAAAUUUUGUACAUGUGAAGCAUAUAAUCGAAAUAAUAAUGCUGAUAUUCAAGAGGAAAAGCUUUAUCCAUGUAUCAGAAAAAUUUAUAAUAACGAUACAGAUCUGCUUGAACAGGUACAUGUUGUCAUGUCAAAAGACAAGCCGGAAAAUGCAAUCACUGAGCCACGCCGUCGACAUGGACGAAUUUCAAAACAACGUGCAAAACUUUUCAUUACUGAAUAUUGUACUCGUAAAAACGAUGAUAACAUUUCAUUCGAGACAAAUAAAAGAAAUCUUGAGAGAAUUUACGGUCGUAAAAGAAGUGAGCUAUCAAGCUAA